UUCCCUGUGGAUAUUCCUUUUCUAGAGCACCAGCAGUCAAAAUAUUUGGGAAAUCAAAAGAGAGAAUAUGGCCUCAUCAGAUAGGGACUUUUGCACUCUAUGUUAUGAUGAUGAUGGCUCGUCCACAGAAGCUGUCACAUGGUGUAUAGAAUGUGAGGUGUUCCUUUGUACAGACUGUGAAAAACAUCACAUAAAAUCAAGAACAUCUAAAGACCAUAAAACUAUCUCAACUAAAGACUAUCAUAAAUUACCAAAAUUCAUGCAAGAAAUAAGUAGCCAAUGCAAAGACCACAAGAAACAGUUUGAACUGUAUUGUUCUUUCCACGACUGUCCCUGCUGUGUCACAUGCAUCACCGAUCAUCACAAAAAAUGUCAAGAAAUGAAACCACUGUCAGACAUCCUAAUGCAAGUAAAAUCAUCUGCUUCAGUUCAGCUUUUUGAGAAAGAUUUGAAGAAUGUGAAGGAAGACUUUGAAGAGAUUAUAAAAUACUUGAACAGCAGGAUUAAUACAAGCAACAGUCAGAAAACAAAAGCCUCUGAACAAAUUCGAUUUGUGAAGAAGUCGAAAGAUGAUUUCUUAAACAAAUUAGAACAAGAAAUUUUUGAUGACCUAGAAUCAAAGCAAUCGCAGCUAAAAUCUAAGAUGACCUUCUUACUACAACAAGUGACACAGCAAGCCAAUGAGAUCAGCCAAUUACAAAGUGAGUUUUCAAAAAUGACACAAUAUGCAACUGAGCUACAAAUGUAUGUUGGUCUAAGAGAAGUUGAGAAAACUACAUCCAAAGCAGCAAAAUACAUAGAUGAAUUAAAAAGUGGAGACAAUUUUGAGGAAAAGAACUUAGAGGUAACCAUUUCAUCUUCCCUGCAAUCAAUUUUACAAGAGGUCAAAUCGUUUGGUUACAUUAAUAUUAAUACCAGCUCUUCUACUCUUAGCAUAAAGGCCGGAAGAAAAGAUCAAGCACAGAACUUAGUUCCAACGGUACAAAGAAUCGAAGAAAUUAAACCGUCCAUGUUGAGAACUCUGACAAUUGCAGAAGAUAUGAAAUCUACAAGUGUACUCGUUAGUAGGAUAUUACCUAAUGGUAAAUAUCUAACUCUUAAUCACUAUGAUAAAUAUAAAAGUCAUGCCCUGCUGCUAUUUGGUAAUGAUGGCAUCUUUGAAAGAAAAGUACUUACAUUCACAGAGAAUCCAUACAGUGCUUGCUAUGUCAGAAAUAAUACUGUGGCUGUUACAUUACAUUUAACAAACCAGACAUCACUGGUGGAUGUAGAAAAGAAUAAAAUUAUUCAAAUAAUCACACUUUCUCAUCACUGUAAUGGAGUAGCAAGUGAUGGUCAAAUAUUGGUCAUCAGCAGUAAGGAGAAAAGUACUAUGGUUAAUCUGAAUGAUAUGUCUCAUACAAUCUUAGAAGGAGUUACAGCAAAUUGUAUUUCAUUAUUCCAAGGAAAUAUAUAUGGUACCAUUUUCUCUGCAAACAAAGUCUACUGCUACAAAGAAACUGGAGAACUUCUCUGGACAUUUCAACACAGGGACAUUUACGGUCCAGAAGAACUUACAUUAGACAAGAAUGGCUUUGUUUAUAUAGCUUCUCACGAAAACAACAACAUCGUGGUAGUGUCACCAGAUGGUAAAACCUGUAAGACAAUACUAUCAGAGGCUGAUGGAAUCAUUAAUCCUGUACAUAUAGACAUACACAGAGAAACAGGAAUGAUGAUUGUGUCAAGUAAAAUGAAGAAAACAAGAGUUGAGAAUGAUGAUAGUGGUGAUUAUUACGAAACAGCUUUUGUUUAUAAAAUCUAAAAUAUGAAUUUUUAGAGACUUGUAUGCAGACAACACAACUAUAAUGCAUACAUCAGGAAAGUGUAUUGCUGAUAUGCAAUUUAAAGUACAAAAUGACUUCUAGUGCGUUGACAAAUAGUGUUAAGAAAAUAAGAUGUUCAUGAAUUCUGACAAAGUGCAUGGUGGUAGCUAGGUUCAAGACAAAAGACUUUGUUUCCAGCAAGAAGAACUGGUUCUAAAAAUUUAAAACAAUGUUCUUCAAAAAUCAUUGAGUAAAAAACUUUAAGGUGUUAGAAUUGAUCCUUGUCUCUCAUGGACAGGGCAUAUUACUGAGCUUGACUAUAAGUAUUGUUUUCCUCCUAUUGCAGUUCAUUCAAAAUUCUGACCCAACUGCUAUUUGUUUUAUCAAAUCAAACACUUCAACUGGUCAGAAAUUUUAACCAA